UGAAACGUGCUUGCGUAUGUAUAUAUUGAAGUCCCACCCCAGCCCAUAUGCGAACGUGAUGUAUUGUGGAAAACGUGUUUGUACCAGUUCGUUUUCGUAAGCCUAACUUGAUUAAUUUUAACGCAUUUUCCUCUCAACAGGAUACAGGAGAAACGUAAUAGUUACAUCUGACACUUGGGCAAUCACACAUUUGAGAACAAAUAUCCUAUAAAUAUGACGAGAAAUAUCCACAACUUUAUCAGAAGCUGAAGCAUUCACUGACACUGCGGACGAACCAAGACAAGAAUUUUAAAGAUGAAGUACACUCUACUGCUGAUACUACUGGUGGCCAUCACACUUACUCCCCAGGCAGACGGGGGAUGGAUCAGAUGGAGGUGGAGGAAAGCCGCAGAUAUAGCAACAACUGCAGCAGCUGUCUCAGUGAUUGUCGGCAAGCGAGGUCUCUCUGAGUUUGACACCAACAAGGACGGACAUGUGGACGAGUCUGAACUAGAAGACUUGUUUAACACGCAGGAGGUUCGGGACAUCAUCGAGAGAGCUGAUGGAAAAGACGGAAACAAGAUAUCUUUGAAAGAGUUCCAGCAAUUCAUGGAGAGAUAAACAAACUGGAAUAAAGAGUCGAAGACCAGGUG